ACAAGAGGCAGUUCGCUCCAGUUUUCGUGGAUUGGUUUUCUCUAGAGAUUCAGGCUCGAAAUCUUAUCUGCCGCAAUUCCAGGAAGCUUGAGAUUGCAGAGAAAUGGCCGCAGACAAAUCUCCAUUUCAGAUAAUAUUAGGUUCUUCGUCCAUGGCUCGCCGGCGUAUUCUGUCGGAGAUGGGAUACGAGUUCACUAUCAUGACGGCAGACAUUGAUGAGAAAGCGAUUAGGAAGGAAAGGCCUGAAGAACUGGUGGUGGCUCUGGCUGAGGCAAAGGCAGAUGCAAUUAUGUCAAGAAUUCUAGCCACUGGUGCUCAACUGGACAAUGAUGCACCUGCAACACUGUUACUGACUGCAGACACAGUGGUGGUCUAUGAAGGAACAAUUAGAGAGAAACCAUCUAACAAGGACGAAGCUCGAAAAUUUAUCAAAGGCUAUUCUGGUAGUCAUGCAUCUGUUGUGGGUUCUAUACUCAUAACCAACCUCAAGACAGGAACAAGAAAAGGGGGAUGGGAAGAGGCAGAGGUUUAUUUCUAUGACAUACCAGAGGAGAUUAUAGAUAGCCUGAUUGAAGAGGACGUUACAUUCAAAGUAGCUGGGGGUCUUAUGUUGGAACAUCCACUGACUUGGCCGUUAGUUGAGGCAGUGGUAGGUUCAACUGACACAGUGAUGGGACUUCCCAAAGCUCUUACGGAGAAACUCAUGAAUGAUGCUUUAUAGCUCGCUGAGUAUGGUGAAUCCAAAGAGAUAUCAACUUGAGAGAACAUAUUCAGGAUCCCAAAUUGGAAGGGUGGCGAAGUUUCACAAUCGUUAUAAAAUAUUUAGUUACUCUCAUUACCAAUUGGUUUUGAGAUGAGGAACCCCGUGUUUAUAUAACACUUGGUAAGACGUUUUUUUUUCCCUCCUCUUUUUUGCUUGCAAGUAAAAAAGACCAUAUUUCAAACCUCUACAAUAUCAUGAUAAACCAAAUCGAGGAGUUAAAAGAGAGGCAGCAAAAGCAUGUCGCCAUA